AUGUGUCUGGCUUCUGUACAUCCCUUUGGUCUUGAAAUGCUGACUUGCACUUUUGUCUUUGACCCAGAAAAGCUUCCCCUAUGGGCCCCAUAUAAGACUGCCGCCAGGAAAGUUUUACCCUUCAGGCUACUCCUGGCAUGGCUGAUGAAAAUUUGGUAUAAAAGUAAUUUCUUAAUGUACAGACCUAAGGAACCUUUUUCUUCUAUGUUAAAGGUCUGUGAUGGUGCAGGAGCCCAAACUCGGACCCUCCUGGAGGCCAUGAAGCAAGGACAUAAUGUCCUGAUGGAUAAUUACAGGUUAACCAUGCAAGCGUCCUUCAGUGCCAUUGGAGUGACUCGCUACAUGCAAGGUAAUAGUCAUCUCUAUACAGUGCCUCUGAAGCUUAUCCAUGCAAUUCUUGGACAAAAGACCAUUUUAUUGUCACCAGUGACUUGUGUAUCAGGUCCUGUGACAAGUAAUGCCACACACAUGACCACCAUUCCAAAGUUUCCUGGGAAGAUAAAAUCUGUGAGCUUUGGAAAUAGAAGCGUUGCCAUGAGCCAGUUGCGUAGGAACGGGAUUGAUACAGAAACAACAAAUGCAAAUUGCUGUAAGAAAAGAAUGUACUCCUGUGAGGAAAACGCGCUGCUAUUUAGCUCUGUGCCAAGAGAGCGGAGGUCAUCUGAAAGGGAAUGCCUAGCACAGCCGAGCGUGGAGCAGAAAUGCCUGCCCUGUCAGUUCUACUUAUCUUCAUUCAAGCUGACUUUUUACUUCCAACGAGAGAGAGUGUCCAUGGUGAUUUACCGAGUGCGUCUCUGUGAGUCCUCAGUUUCUAUAGGUGAGCUGUGUACUCAGCAGGGCUUUAUGGAUGUCAAAGUCCACAGCCACCAAACAAGCCAGCUCUCAAUGUGGACGCCCUCAGGGUGGGGGCUCAUCCGGCCAGCCCACCUUCAAAGCUCAUCGCAGGGGCUGGCACGACUUUACAUCCCCCUGAGAUGUGGAACAAGACAGCAGUUCAAGGAUGACAGAGUCAUCUAUGAAAAUGAAAUACAUGUUCUCUGGGCAGGUCUUCCUCUGAGCAGUUCCAGAGACAGUGAACUCAGUGGACAUCCUGAGGCCCCAGACAAAGUGUCCGCAGUGAUACUCAAGCUCCCUCUGCAACUAUCAACUGCUCGAGUACGGAAGAGGUUUCUGGUCCAUUCAGACAAGUCCUGCCCGCAGCCUCAUGGGGACACGGACUACCCUGAGGUGCGAUACCUCUGCCAACCAACUUACCUGGAAGCAGUCUUACACAGGACUGACCCCAGCGUCCAGCUGUUCUUAGAUGAGUGCUGAACACCUGCUAGGGACCCAGCCUCUCCGCCCGGUGGAUGUUGUCACAAAUGGGCCUCCCGGGAGUACAACCUGAACAAGCACAGAACCACCUGUCAUCCAGUCGGCUCCUCUGAGACCUGUCCUGGUCACUGCCAGAGGUUUGACAUGAAGACUUUGCCUUUAUGUCAGCUGCCCAAGGCUCCACCCAACUCUCCCUCCAGCCCCAGGCACUUCCACGAUGGUGCCUUCCCCUGCAGCCAGCUUUCUCCCGACUCCCCACGUUCUGUGACUUGUCCAGUGUUAUUGAGAAGCAGGCGAGGAUUUCUCAGCCUUGGAACUAUUGACAUUUGGGCCGGAUGA